UCUCAACUGCAAACGGCUCCUCUCUCCGCUCCAACCAACAACGAAAAAACCAUCUUUAUCACCCAUCUCAGAUGCGAUUCGAACCUUAGUAUCAGUCGGUGUCGGAGAAGAGCAAGAGAAAACGAACAACUCAAAGAAAACGGAAUCGAAAAUGGGGAAGUAUAUGAGGAGAAAAUCCAAAACUACAGGGGAAGUGUCGUCAAUGGAAGUUCCUUCUCUCGGCGGUGUUCUUACCCGAGCAAAAACCCUAGCUCUUCAACGAGCUGCCGCUGCUGUUGCCACCGCCGGUGCUGGUUCUUACAUUCAGCUUCGUAGCCGUCGUCUCGUCAAGCCAAAUUCGCAGAAGAAACCGAAGGAGAACUGUACUCCGACAACAAACCCUAAUAAAUCUUCGUCAAGGAUGAAGGUUAAUUCUGUGGAUUCUUGUGGGUCUGUUGAGAAAUUGGUUGAUAAGGAGGAAGAAAAUCGCCAAGGAAUUGAGAUUAAGGGUAAUUUAGAAUUGGCAAUUGACGAUGAAGAAGCUUCAUUUGGGGAAAACAUGUUGGAAUUUGAAGGUAGAGGAAGGAGUACUCGAGAAACCACACCAUGCAAUUUGAUCGGGGAUCCGGAUGCCAUUAGAACCCCCGGUUCUUCUACAAAGCCGACGAAAUCUAAUGAUGGCAAACGCAGGGUACAAAAUACAACAUCUAGGCAUAUCCCGUCAACUAGUGAAAUGGACGAGUUCUUUACAGGACCAGAAAAGCAGCAACAACGACUGUUCAUUGAGAAGUAUAACUUUGAUCCUGUGAAAGAAAAGCCCCUUCGUGGACGCUAUGAAUGGGUGAAAGUUGAUGGUACUAAAAAGAGUUGAAAUCAGGUUUUGGGUUUCUUCUAAGUUAGCAUAGUUGAAGAUAUAAUUAGGAAUAUAGAUUUAGGUUUAUGUUAUGCGGAUGAUGGUAGAGUAUUUGUUAAACUCUCGUCAUUCUUGUUUUGUUUGUAAAGAAAGAAGCAGGACCAACCCAUCAAAAACCAGCCCAAAUGCAGACUGUAGAACAGAAGAUCUUAGCUUCUAACAGAUCAUCUACUAACAGGGGAAUUGAAGAAGAAGAAGAAGGAUGAUGAUGGUAGUCUUUUUUUUUUUGGAAAAAGGGGGAUCCAAUGACUUUUAGGGUAGUUUUUAGUCCCAAUGGUACAGAAAGCUUAUAUUGGUCUGUGAUUGUCUAUAAUUUGUACUGAUGGAAACUUUAAAGAUCCCUUUUUUCUGAUAUAAAUUGACCCUUUUCUUCU